GCGGCAAGGGUGUGGACUUCCUAGUGCACCUGACCUUGUCUCGUACUAUUUAAACCUAUCUUGUCACCGGAGUGUAACACAGGUCUCUCUGGUGUAUUCGCGUCAUGAACUCAUUGGUAGUGUUGGUUGCCUGCCUGGCCGCAGCCAGUGCCAGCUACGCCGGAGCGUACCAUGGAGCAUACGGUUGGGCCGGUCACGGCUACCCCUACAGCUCCCCCUACGCCUACGCCGGCCACGGCUACCACGGACCCAUCGCCAUCCCUCACGUGCUGCCCUCAGGCUACCUAGCUGACACUCCUGAGGUCGCCGCCGCCAAGGGAGCGCACUUGUCUGCUGUCGCCGCCGCCUCCCAUCGCUCCGGGAGCUACGGCCCCGGCUACGGAUACGGCUACGGACACGGUUACGGACACGGUUACGGCUACGGUCACGGUGCUUACCACGGACCUCUGGCCGUUCCCCACGUGCUGCCCUCAGGCUACCUCGCCGACACUCCCGACGUCGCCGCCGUCAAGGCUUCCCAUCUGACCGCCGUCGCUGCUCAGGGCGGAGCCACCCACAACUAUGCCCACGGCUACAGCUACGGACAUGCCUACCCUCACUACGGCCACGGCUACUACCACCAUUAACCUUACCCGGACCCCAUCAACUACAUAGAGCCAGAUCUGCGGAGACCUCAGUUGGGCUUUUUGUAAAUAAUGUCUAUUUAUAACCUGUACAGUAACCAGUAUCAUUCCUAACCUACGCCAAACAGAUUCAAUGACGCCUCAAGAGUACAACAGACUGUUCAACCAAAUCGUCUAAAUUGUAUUUAUGUAUAUUUCCUAGGAAAUAAAAGUACUAUUAUAGUAAAA